UGACUGUGACCGUGACCCUGCCCAGGGCGCGGGGAGGAGCAGGCAUGGCCCGCCAGGGGGCCGCCUGGCCGGCGCUGGCCCUGGCACUCCUAGCUGUGGCCUUGGCUGGGGUCGCCGCCCAGGGGACAGCCCUCGAAGACCCCAACUUUUAUGUGCAGGAGCUGUGGAGCCGAGAGCCCAACCAUGAGCGUCGAGAGCCAGAGCCCGUGCCCUUCUCGCCAUCGCUGCCCGAGGGGCUCCGGGAGGAGAGGGAACCAAGCCCACCAGAGCCCAGGCCACCCAAGAAAACCAAGCCCAAGAAAGCUCCCAAGAGGGAGAAGUUGGCUACGGAGACGCCUCCACCAGCUAAAAGUAGCAAGAGAAAAGGCAGGAGGAGCAAGAGUCCUGAGAAGACUGCCAGCGAUUAUCCCAGCAUUCCAGUGGCCCGUGAAGAUGUCAGAGAGAGUUGCCCACCUCUUGGCCUAGAAACCUUAAAAAUCACAGACUUCCAGCUCCAUGCCUCCACAACGAAGCGCUAUGGCCUGGGAGCACAUCGUGGGAGACUCAACAUCCAGGCAGGCAUUAAUGAAAAUGACUUUUAUGAUGGGGCGUGGUGUGCUGGCAGGAACGACCUCCAUCAGUGGAUUGAAGUGGAUGCCCGGCGCCUGACCAGGUUCACAGGGGUCAUCACUCAAGGAAGGAACUCACUCUGGCUGAGUGACUGGGUGACAUCCUAUAAAGUCAUGGUGAGCAAUGACAGCCAUACAUGGGUCACUGUUAAGAAUGGAUCUGGAGACAUGAUAUUUGAAGGAAACAGUGAGAAGGAGAUCCCUGUGCUCAAUGAGCUGCCUGUCCCCAUGGUGGCCCGCUACAUCCGCAUAAACCCGCAGUCCUGGUUUGAUAAUGGGAGCAUCUGUAUGAGAAUGGAGAUCCUAGGAUGCCCGUUGCCAGAUCCUAAUAACUAUUAUCACCGACGAAACGAGAUGACCACCACUGAUGACCUGGAUUUUAAACACCACAACUAUAAGGAAAUGCGCCAGUUGAUGAAGGUUGUGAAUGAAAUGUGCCCCAACAUCACCAGAAUCUACAACAUCGGCAAAAGCCAUCAGGGCCUGAAGCUAUAUGCUGUGGAGAUCUCCGACCAUCCCGGGCAGCAUGAAGUCGGUGAGCCCGAGUUCCACUACAUCGCUGGAGCCCACGGCAACGAGGUGCUGGGCCGCGAGCUGCUGCUGCUGCUGCUGCAGUUCCUGUGCCAGGAGUACUUGGCACGGAACGCUCGCAUUGUGCACCUGGUGGAGGAGACCCGGAUCCACAUCCUCCCCUCCCUCAACCCUGACGGUUAUGAGAAGGCCUGCGAAGGGGGCUCAGAGCUGGGAGGCUGGUCCCUAGGACGUUGGACCCACGACGGGAUCGACAUCAACAACAACUUUCCUGAUCUAAACACGCUGCUCUGGGAAGCAGAGGAUCGCCAGAAUGUCCCGAGGAAAGUUCCCAACCACUACAUCGCCAUCCCUGAGUGGUUUCUGUCUGAAAAUGCCACUGUGGCCAUGGAGACCAGAGCAGUCAUUGCCUGGAUGGAAAAGAUCCCGUUUGUGCUGGGCGGGAACCUGCAGGGGGGUGAGUUAGUAGUGGCAUACCCCUAUGACAUGGUGCGGUCCCUGUGGAAGACCCAGGAGCACACCCCCACGCCCGAUGACCACGUGUUCCGCUGGCUAGCUUACUCCUAUGCCUCCACUCACCGCCUCAUGACGGAUGCCCGGAGGCGAGUGUGCCACACGGAAGACUUCCAGAAGGAGGAUGGCACUGUCAACGGGGCUUCCUGGCAUACAGUGGCUGGAAGUCUAAAUGAUUUCAGCUACCUCCACACAAACUGCUUCGAGCUGUCCAUCUAUGUGGGCUGUGAUAAAUACCCACAUGAGAGCGAGCUGCCUGAGGAAUGGGAGAAUAACCGGGAAUCUUUGAUUGUGUUCAUGGAACAGGUCCACCGAGGAAUCAAAGGUGUGGUGACAGAUUUACAUGGAAAAGGAAUUCCGAAUGUUAUUAUCUCCGUGGAAGGUGUUAACCAUGACAUUCGAACAGCCAGCGAUGGGGAUUACUGGCGCCUACUGAACCCUGGAGAAUAUGUGGUCACGGCCAAGGCGGAAGGCUAUACUGUCUCUACCAAGAACUGCAUGGUCGGCUAUGACAUGGGGGCCACACGAUGUGACUUCAUUCUCAGCAAGACCAACCUGGCAAGGAUCAGAGAGAUCAUGGCGAAGUUUGGGAAGCAGCCUGUCAGUCUGCCCGCCAGGCGGCUGAAGCUGCGGGAACGGAAGAGACGACAGCGUGCGUGACUCUCCCGGACACUUGAGAUGAAGCGAAACCCACCCCAGUAGUAGCUGUGUAGUGGACUUGCUCACUGUUUUGUCUGUAAUUCAAGAAACGCUCGGGAGCGUGUGUGCAUUGCUAGGCUGGUCCCAAAGAGGAGAGCUGGAGGCUUAGGGUCUUUUUCUUUGUUCCCAUUCAUCCAAAUUCCUUGGGCAGAGCAGCAAAGAAAGGCUGGUGGUAGUAUGAUCAUUGAGCAAGUCAACCUGGGAGUCUGAGAGAGGCAAACUCACCCAGUCAGGGCCUCCAGGCUACCCAGGAAGGGAAAUCGGGUCUCUCCCUAUUCGAGUGACAUCAAGCAUUUCCUAUGCAUUUGCAAGUGGCACAGCUGACAUUGCAGCACUUC